AUGCUUAAUGGAGGACCAAUUGGUUUUUUUGAUGUUGGUAGAGGCCUUAAACAGGGAGACCCACUUUCUCCAAUUCUAUUUAUUCUUGCUCAAGAUGUUCUUAGUAGGAAAAUUCAUCAAUUAGUCAUGGAAGGAAAAAUUCAACCAAUGGUGGUAAGAAAUGGUAUUCAUCCUACACAUAUAAUGUUUGCUGAUGACAUCUUCUUGUUUUGCAAUGGACGUAAGAAAAGCAUUGAAAAUUUGAAAUCACUUUUAAUGGAAUACCAAGCUGCUUCUGGCCAAGUUUUUAAUGCUACAAAAAGCAAAUGCUUUGUAGAUGGUACUUCAGAUACAAGAAAAAGACAGAUUGCAGAUUACUUUCAAAUAGAUCUUUCUUUUUUUCCUGACAAAUACCUGGGAGUCUUUCUUGCUCAAGGUAAAAUGAAAUCUAUACAUAUUUGGUAUUUGGUCGAUUAUAUGCAUCUUAGACUAGCUUCAUGGAGUGGCAAGAUUUUAAACUUUCAAGCUAGACUCACUUUGGUAAAUCAUGUUCUGAGUAGUAUUCCUAUUUAUAAUCUAUCCAUCUACAAAUGGCCUAGAAAAGUUCUAGAAGCUUGUGAAAAAAUCAUUAGGAACUACUUAUGGUCUGGCAAUGCUGAAGAAAGGAAAUGUAUUACUUUAAAGUGGGACAAUGUUUAUACUUCUAAAGAAGAAGGAGGUCUUGGUAUCAGAAAACUAGAAGAUGUGAACAAGGCUCUUUUAAUGAAAUUACUGUGGAAAAUUCUUAACUAUCAUGAUGAAUGGGCCAAUUUCUUUCUGGCUAAGUAUAUGGAUAUAAAUGGAAAUUGGAUUAACUAUUACAGGAAAUCCUCUGUGUGGAAUGGCAUUAAAUGGGUCCUUCCAGAAUUCAUUGAAAAUACUAGAUGGAUAGUUGAUAAUGACUUUCUUCAAUUCUUCAAUAUUGAUCAAUUACCUGUUCUGAAAGAAGGUGAAGACUUACUUAUCUGGUGUAACAGUCAUUCUGGGGUAUUCACUGUUUCUGAUGCUAUCAAUAAAAUUAGAAUUCACCAGCCUAAAUUGCACUGGUAUAAAAAAAUAUGGAAUUCUGCAGUGCUUCCUUCAACAUCUGCUAAUGUUUGGAAGAUUGCUAGAAAUGUUUGUGCAACAGAAGAAAAUCUGAGGAAAAAGGGUUUUCAAUUUGCUUCAAGAUGUUACAUUUGUCAUGAUGGAGAAGAUAGUAUAGAGCAUAUCUUGUGGAAAUGUGAUUUCAGUACCAGCUUGUGGAAUUGGCUUUCAAGUAUCUUUUUAUCUCCCAAACCAAAUUCUUUUGAGGAUGUGUUGAAAAUGCAUAAAAAUUCUAGUCCCGUGAUUAAAGAAUUAUGGAUUAUCAGUUCUUAUACUGCUAUGGUUGAAUUAUGGUUCUUAAGAAAUGCAAUAUACUAUGAUGCUGAGAAGCCUGUGUUAACCAAAAUACAGUUAAGAAUUGCUAGAAAAGUCCAUGAAUGUGAAGUUAGACUGAAAGGUGUUAUGUGGGGAACUGGUAUUGAGAAAUCAAUCUUACAAUUUUUUAACAUCCAAGUCAGGAAAAUGAGAAGAACAAUAAUUAUUGAAAUCUUUUUUUAUCUGCCAAAUGAGAAUGAAUUGUUGUUAUGCUGUGAUGGGGCUUCUAGAGGCAAUCCAGGUAAUGCAGACUACGGUUUUGUAGUAAGGAAUCAUGUUGGAGCAUUCAUUUUUGCAGAAUCUGGUGGCUUGGGGAUUACUACUAAUUAUGUAGAAGAAUUCAUUUCUUGUAUCAAGGCUUUAGAAUGGGCAGUUUAG